CACAGUAAACCAUUAUAACAUCAACUUACAAUGUCUGCUGAAGAGUCAUCAAUUCCAAAGCCACCUACCGCUAAUGUUUUCUCCAUGUUUGGAGCCAAGAAAGAAAAGAAGGAAGAACCAAAGGAAGAAGUAGAAGACAAGAAGGCAGACGAUGAUGAAGCUGCUGCUGAAGAAGAAGCUGAUGUUCAUUUCGAACCAUUAGUCCAAUUGGAAAAGGUCGAUGUCAAGACCAACGAAGAAGAUGAAGAAGUUUUGUACAAAGUCCGUGCCAAGUUGUUCAGAUUCCACGGUGACACCAAUGAAUGGAAGGAAAGAGGUACCGGUGACGUUAAAUUCUUGAAACACAAGCAAUCCGGUAAAGUCAGAAUUGUGAUGAGAAGAGACAAGACCUUGAAGAUUUGUGCCAACCAUUUGAUUUCCGGCGAAUACGAAUUGAAGCCAAAUAUCGGUAGUGACAGAUCUUGGGUUUAUACCGUGACUGCUGAUAUUUCUGAAGGUGAACCAGAAGCUCAAACUUUAGCUAUCAGAUUCGGUAACAAGGAAAACGCCGAUCUUUUCAAGAAACAUUUCGAUGAAGCAAAGAAUGCUAACAAGAAGGAUUAAAUAGUAUAUAGGUUGAGAAUAUAAACUGCAUGCUUUGUUUAAGCCAUUUUGACAAUGUCUGCGACAAUACUCUUUGUAGUUUAUUCUGAAUUGAGUGGGUUUAAUAUAAUAUAUUAUGC